CUGGAAUACCUGGAAAAUAAAGAAAUCUAGUUCCAGCGGCUUAUCCCAGCAAAGUUGCUUGUUUUGCCCAGCAUCCACCAUCCCUCUUCUACCCAUGUUUCUUGGAUGUCCUUGGAUAAUGAUCCAAGGAGCUAACCAGAAUUAAAGUUUUUUCCUUUUCUCUGUGCUGGAAUGGAAGUCAUAAUGGCACCCUUCUCCAAACAGCAUCUUCCAGAUGCCUUGCAACUCUACCUAGGGAGUUGCAGUCCUAACACCAAGUUGCCCACCAAGUUAGGGCAAGCGGUUGUAGACCUUGCCGGGAGAUGCCUCAGGAAAAGGGGCUUCCAUACAGAAUCUGGCUUCCCCUCCAGGUCACUGAGAUCAGCAACGUGAAAUGUAUCACAAGGCUGCCCAAGGAGACCAAGCGACAAGCUGUGGCCAUCAUAUUUAUGGAUGACUCAGCUCGGACGUUCACCUGUGAAUCAGAGCUGGAAGCAGAGGAAUGGUACAAAACACUGUCCGUUGAAUGCCUGGGGGCACGGCUCAAUGACAUCAGCCUUGGUGAGCCGGAUCUGCUGGCACCUGGAGUGCAGUGUGAGCAAACUGACCGGUUUAAUGUCUUCCUCCUGCCAUGCCCCAAUCUGGAUAUCUAUGGCGAAUGCAAGUUGCAGAUCACCCAUGAAAACAUUUACCUCUGGGAUAUGCACAAUCCCCGUGUCAAGCUUGUUUCUUGGCCUUUGUGUUCCCUGCGUCGCUAUGGACGAGAUGCCACGCGGUUCACCUUUGAAGCUGGCCGCAGGAUGUGUGACGCUGGCGAAGGGCUGUACACCUUUCAGACCCAGGAGGGCGAGCAGAUCUACCAGAGAGUGCACAGCGCCACCUUGGCCAUUGCCGAGCAGCACAAGCGCGUCCUGAUGGAGAUGGAGAAGAACGUGAGAUUGUUGAACAAGGGGACAGAGCAUUACUCCUAUCCCUGCACACCUACCACCAUGUUGCCACGCAGUGCUUACUGGCAUCACAUUACUGGCUCACAGAACAUUGCCGAGUCUUCCAGUUAUGGGGGCGACACAUACUCUGGCCCCCAGGCCAGCUCAGAGACUGAUCUCUUGAACCGUUUGAUCUUACUGAAGCCAAAUGCUUCCAAGAAUGGGAAAAGUGACGGCAAAGAGCCCAGCUCAGCUACCCAGUGAGGCAGCUCAGUACCGAGAGCGGAAGGCUGUGGGGAUGCCAUCUCAGGCCAAGAAACCGAGGAUUGUUCUCCUGCUCCAGUCCUUCCAUGAAAGGCCCAGGGACAACAUUUUGCUGCAGGGAAAAGGCACAGGCUUUGCCCUGGGGUGGCUCUGACGAGAACGUUCUAGACCCAGGACCGGUGGACGGUCAGGCCAACCAGCCCUGCUGGGCCCAGGAUGCGGGCAGGCAUCUAGAUCUACGGAAGAGGACUAGCUAUAUAUUAUUACAACUAUUUUCAAUAUAUCAUAUUGUUUAUGCAUAUCCUAUAUAUCAAGAGAGGGUUCUCACGUGAAUGCACAUCUCUUCGCCAUCAAGGCAAGAAUUUUAAACGGUCAGAGGGAGGGCUCGAUCCAGGGGGUGUCUUCCUUCCUUUCACAGGAACAGUACCUUGGAUGGGGCCGAAUGAAGUCUUCCCACGCCGCAGCGGGGAGCCGAAGGAUGGACUGAGGGGGUUUGUUGGGCUGUGAGGGGGCAGCCGGCUCAGGCUCCCCGGAGCACGUUGGCAUGCAGAUCAGCAGAGCAGCCUCAGUCCUCAGCAGAUCCUUGCUGCAGACAUAAACCAGGUCUUCUGGAGGCCAAAAAUAAACCUGUCCUUGGCACACCGACCCUACGCGGAAAGCAGGAGGCCCAUAAUAACAAAAGACAUCCUCGGGGACGUUUGCAAUUUCUCCGCCUGCCCUUCUUUGAAAUGCAGCUUACGCGCCAGUGCAUCCUCACAGACCCUUAAACUGACCCUGGAGAAGCUGGCUUCCCCUCCAGGCUGCCACCGUAGCACAAGUUUCCUUCCCGCUGUGCUCUCGCCAUGAGGCUGCCAGCUCAGGGCGGGGGGGCACUGAGGCCUUUGUGGAGCUGGUUCUGUUUCCUGUGCCCAAGAGCUGUUCCUUGGGGUUAAUUGGUGAUGGGUCAUUAGCUGUGCGGGCUGGCAAGAUGACCCUCCCUUUCCAGUGUGGGUGCUGUAUUGUAGAUCCGUUCACACGAGCCACAGUCCCAGGCUGUUCCCAAAGGGAAGAGACAUCGGCUGGUUUCACCCCAAACAUUGUUUGAUUUGGGCUUAGUGUGUGGUGUGAAUCCAGCCACCGUGGUUUGCAAAGCGGGGUUUAGGGCUUAGCAUGUGAACUCAGUCCCUUGUGGUUUACUCAACCAACCGUGGUUAAAGCAAACCAUUGCCUCAGCACAAUGCAGAAGCCGGUUAUUGUGAAAGGGGAUGCAGGGAGACCUUGGGGGCAGCCUCCUUUAGCAGAGGGUGGUUGGAAGAUUUCUUGUUACAUUCCAGUUGGAAAGUUUUGCCUCUCCUGAAGUCUGUCUCCUACCUCUACUCCCAACAAAGCACCCCCAAGGCCAGGCCAAGCUUCCAGUGGGGGCUUGUGCUGACGGCUCCCUCCUUUCUCUAUCCUCAAGGCCAAUCAAGCUGUGGGCCCACCAGUCAGUCCAAGCCUUCUUUGACUGGCAGAGACAAUCAAUUGCUCGCAAGACCUUCGCUUCCAGAAGGCCUCCUGCUCCAAUCCCCUGCUUCUUCCUCUCUUCUGGACAGUGCUAAAGGGUUGCCUGCUUUUAGACGGGCACCUUGACAGUGGCUUGAUCUUCAGGCAGGAGCAGUGGAAGAAGCUGUCUUUCAGUGCUUGGUCAGACUCCGCUUUCCUUCUCGAAAAGGCUCUCCUGGGGACACAGCCCAGCCUUCUCCCCACAUCCCACCCACUGCCUCGUGUCCCAGUUGGUGCAGUUGGUCAUGGCAGUCUCGCUCAAGCCGGUGCCCUCCAGAUGUACUGCUCCAAAUCCCAUAAUCACUAGCCAGCACAGCCAAGGGAUGAUGUGAUCUGAAGCCCCGAUAUAUUUGGAGACCACCAGCUUGUGAAGGGCCAUCUUGGUGAAACGCUUCCAUGGAGCACCUGGAUUUCCUAUGCUGAACUUUUUUUAAAACAAAAAAAAAGCAAUUGGUUUUCUAGUUUUACUAUUUAUUGAAUAACUUUUAGAAGGGCUAUCUUUUUAUAGUCGUACAAUUGGUAGUGUUGUUUUCGUGUUCUUUACUUUGUUCCUUUCUUUUUCUCUUUCAAUAAUGCUGGAGAUAUUCA